AUGCCAACUACAACCACGACCACGCCAACUACAACCACAACAACACCAACAACAACCACGACCACGCCAACUACAACCACCAGAACACCAACAACAACCACGACCACGCCAACUACAACCACCACAACACCAACUACAACCACGCCAACUACAACCACCACAACACCAACAACAACCACGACCACGCCAACUACAACCACCACAACACCAACAACAACCACGACCACGCCAACUACAACUACGACACCAACAACAACCACGACCACGCCAACUACAACUACGACCACACCAACUACAACCACCACAACACCAACAACAACCACGCCAACUACAACCACGACCACGCCAACUACAACCACCACAACACCAACAACAACCACGACCACGCCAACUACAACUACCACAACACCAACAACAACCACGACCACGCCAACUACAACUACGACACCAACAACAACCACGACCACGCCAACUACAACUACGACAACACCAACAACAACCACGACCACGUCAACUACAACCACGACCACACCAGCUACAACCACCACAACACCAACUACAACCACCACAACACCAACAACAACCACGACCACACCAACUACAACCACGACCACGCCAACUACAACCACGACAACACCAACAACAACCACGACUACGCCAACUACAACCACCACAACACCAACAACAACCACGACCACGCCAACUACAACCACCACAACACCAACAACAACCACGACCACGCCAACUACAACUACGACAACACCAACAACAACCACGACCGCGCCAACAACAACCACGACCACACCCACAACAACCACGACCACACCCACAACAACUACGACCACACCCACAACAACCACGACUACGCCAACAACAACCACCACAACACCAACAACAACCACGACCACGCCAACUACAACUACGACAACACCAACAACAACCACGACCGCGCCAACAACAACCACGACCACACCCACAACAACCACGACCGCGACAACAACAACUACGACCACACCCACAACAACCACGACUACGCCAACAACAACCACCACAACACCAACAACAACCACGACCACGCCAACUACAACUACGACAACACCAACAACAACCACGACCGCGCCAACAACAACCACGACCACGCCAACUACAACCACGACAACACCAACAACAACCACGACCACGCCAACUACAACUACGACAACACCAACAACCACGACACCAACAACCACGACCACACCAACUACAACUACGACAACACCAUCAACAACUACUACUACAACAACAACCGCGACUACGCCAACAACAACCACGACCAUGCCAACUACAACUACGACAACACCACCAACAACCACGACAACACCACAAACAAGCACGACCACGCCUACAACAACCACAACUACUCCAACAACAACCACGACCACGCCAACUACAACCAUAACCACGCCAACUACAACUACGACAUCACCAACAACAACCACGACCACGCAUACAAGAACAACGACAACGCCUACUACAACCACGACAACACCAACAACAACCUCAACUACUCCAACAACAACCACGACCACGCCUACAAUAACGACUACUCCAACAACAACCACAACUACUACAUCAACGUCAACUACAUCCCAAACUGGUAAUUAG